CCUUCAUUCUCACAUACCAGCACACCACAGGUGCCUUUAAGACUUGAAGAGAACCUCCUGUACAUACAACACAAGAUGAGGGUUUUGAUUGUUGCUGCUGCUGUUCUGGCGGUGGCCAGUGCUGCCAGUCUGUCUCUGGAGGACAUGGAGUUUCGGGCAUGGAAACUGAAAUUUGGUAAGAGCUAUAGUUCUGGGAAGGAGGAGGCACAGCGUAAAUCGACCUGGUUGGCCAAUCGCAAAUUGGUUUUGGUUCACAACAUUCUGGCAGACCAGGGAAUCAAAUCCUACAGACUGGGCAUGACAUACUUCGCUGAUAUGGACAAUGAGGAGUACAGACGGGUGGCGUUUCAUGGAUGCCUAGGCUCCUUCAAUACAUCUAAGGCCCGUGGUGGUGCUACAUUUGUCCAGCAGGCACAUGGCAUUGCACUGCCCGAUUCUGUGGAUUGGAGGGACAAGGGCUAUGUGACGGACAUUAAGGACCAGAAGGAUUGCGGAUCAUGCUGGGCUUUCAGUACUACUGGUUCUCUGGAGGGUCAGACAUUCAAGAAGACAGGCAAACUGGUGUCUUUGAGUGAGCAGCAGCUUGUGGACUGCUCUGGUGAUUAUGGGAACAUGGGCUGUGGAGGGGGACUAAUGGAUCAGGCCUUCCAGUACAUUGAAGCCAACAAAGGUCUGGAUACUGAGGACUCCUACCCUUAUGAGGCCCAGGAUGGUCAGUGCCGUUUUAACCCAAGCAAUGUGGGUGCCACCUGCACUGGAUAUGUAGAUGUCAACACUGGGGAUGAAAGUGCACUACAGAAUGCUGUUGCCACAGUUGGCCCUAUAUCUGUUGGCAUCGAUGCUGGACACAGCAGCUUUCAGCUCUAUGAAUCAGGUAUCUAUAGUGAGCCAGACUGCAGCAGCAGUGAUUUGGAUCAUGGUGUCCUGGCUGUUGGUUAUGGAAGUGAGGGUGGAGAUGACUACUGGCUGGUCAAGAACAGCUGGGGCCUGGACUGGGGUGACAAGGGCUACAUCAAGAUGUCUAGGAACAAGAGCAACCAAUGUGGUAUUGCUACUGCAGCUAGUUAUCCUCUGGUAUAAAGCUCAGGAAAGGGCAACAUGGGAUCAGUGGAGAUUUAAACCGUUUGAAUGAUUCUUCAAAUAUACCUCAUAAUUACACUUUUAAUUUAUUUGUAUUAAAAUAGGAAAAUGUUCUAAUAAAAACUCCUUGACUAGGAGA